AUGAGUGUCUCGCGCCACCAUCCACUUCCACCGACCAGCAGCCUGCCUUCGCUGCGCUCGCUGGACACGCUUACAGAAAACCAGAUCUCGGCCGCGCUGCGCAACCUAAACGCUCUUUAUUGCCCCUUGCCACGGUCUUGCGACUUCCAGUCUCGAUUCAAGGCCAGGAAACAACCUCGAAGUGUUGCGUCCACACCGGCGGAUUCAGGUUAUGCCACGCCCGCCGAUUCUGGCUACGCUUCCGACAAUGAAGGUGGGCCUGAGCACACCGACGACGAAGACGAUACGCUCAACGCCCUGCGCGCCGACGCUUACGAACGAACCUUUGCGACGCGCUGGCUGACGGGCUUCAUUGCGCGCGCAGAAGAGUUGAAUCACAUUCCCGAAGACUCGCUAGAGCGCGCAAUCGACGAUGCAGCGUCGGUGCUCGCAUCCUUCAGCGACAGGGCGGGCGAGAACGACGAGGAGGACUUGACGUUGAUACGGGAUUUCUCUUUUGAGUUGAAGAAUGUCCCCUCCCCCGCGCCGGAAAAGAUCCAGGUGCGGAUCAAUGACGCCCCGCUUAGCGGCGCAGACCACACGGAUGUCGGCCUGCAGAGCUGGGGCGCAUCUAUAGUGUUUUCCGACCUGAUAUGUUCGUCUCCUGCGCGUUUCGGUCUCACGCAACGCAUACUUGGUUCUUCGCCGCGCAUUGUCGAGCUUGGCGCUGGGACGGGGUUGAUCAGUCUCAUGCUUGCGAAUCUGCUCCCGCAUCUCGAUCUUGCGUCUGCGACGGUCAUUGCGACGGAUUACCACCCGGCUGUCCUCGAGAAUCUCCGAUUGAACGUUACGAGCAAUUUCCCCUCCAAAACUCCAGCACCAGUGCAGACUUGCCUUCUCGACUGGGCAUUGCCCUCGUCCGAGCCACCACUGGAUGCACCAGCGGACCUACUGGUCGCAGCAGACGUCGUCUACGCACCUGAACACGCUGUAUGGUUACGUAACUGCGCCGCCCACUACCUCACACCCGACGGCGUCUUCUGGCUCAUAUUCACCGUACGCACGACCGGCAAAUUCGAAGGCAUUGGCGAUACCAUCGAGCGCGCAUUCGCCGCUGACGAUAGUCCCAAGACGGAGGAUGGCCGUGUGCUGAAGAUUGUCGACGUAGAGAAGCUCGAAAAACGAAGGGGGGUUGGCCGCGGGGACGAGACUGGGUACAAACUAUUUAGAAUUUCGUGGGUUUAG